AACAAAAAGUAAACUAACAUUUCCAAAAUAGUAAAUACGUGUAAAUAAUUGAAUUAAUUUUAUAUUUAGUGUUAAUGUGUAAAAAAUAAUUUCAAAAUUAUGAAAAAAAUUAUAAGUUCACUUUGAAACGAAGAUAACAGUUAAAAUAAGGUAAACCAUGAGUUGGUUUGAUAAAGGUCUUAAAGUUCUUUUAGAAGCCCAGAAACAGAUUGACAAAGCACUUGAUAUACAAGAGAAUGUCUCGACAACAACUGAGGAUACCAGUGGAAAACGGGCAGUUGCAAAGCGAACUCCAGGGGGUGCUAAUCGUGAAAAGAAGUGCAAAACGGAUCCAAACACACCUACAGUAGAGGAAAAUACUACUUCAACAUGGGGUUCUUUCACAGGUUCAUUUUUUGAUAAUCCGAAAACAAGUAAUGAAAUGAUUACUGAAGCACCAAAAAUGGGUGUAGAAAGCAAUCCACUUUCAACGACCUUAAUUACAAAUGUGACUAAAAGGCAGUCGGUUACGUCAAAUUCGGAUUCCGUGGAAUUACUUACACCUUCAUCACCAUGUUCAGAAUUACUUUCAAAUACAGACACUGCAAUAAAUACAUCCGAAUCCAUAGAGUUAAUAACUGCAUCACCAUCAGGUGAUAUUACUAGCCCAGAUUCAAAUCGAGACUCCUUAAAUGAUAGCAUUGUCAUAAUUGCUAGUCAUGAUGCUGCAGAUGAAGAAGAUGAUUCUAUGUCUUAUGACACAGUUAUGGAAACUACUCUAACACCAUGCCCUGAUAGUUCUACUGGAAUAGAAAUACUAGAUACUAAAAAUUUACCCACAUCAUCUGGAUUGUGCAAUCUUUCAACGAAUACUUUAAAAAGUUUUACUGAAGAAACUCAAACUAUUGAUUCAGACUCUACCCAAAGUUUUGAAGACAUUCAAUUACAGACAUCUAUUUUGAAAAAUGCAAAUAAAGAUAUACUUUCCGACUCCACAGAUGAUAACCGUGACUUGAAUAAAUUAGCAUUUCCAACUAGUUGCUCCAAUUCGAACGAUGAAAUGGAAACGACAACAUCUUCUGAUAUUGAAAUCAUAUCAAAUCCUAAUGGUGACUCAUCAAGCACCAAUAGUACGACACCUCUAAAACUGAAAAAAUUCGAAAAAAAUUCCAUGACUUCACAUUCUACAGCCAACAAGCCUAGAAAAGGUCAUUGUCGAGAACCAUCUGAAAUUUCAAUUCUCUCAGAAGACUCACAAUCGGAAGUUGAUAAAUUAUCACAGCGUAUAAGUGAACUAAAUGAGGUGUUAGAAUUGCGUGAACUACGGCUUUUAGAAUCCGAACGUCAGAACUCGGCAUUACAAGAACGAAAUAAUGAACUGCAAGUAACUUUAGAUGCACUUAAAAAUAACAGUAACUGCUUAGAAUCUUCAGAGGAGUACACUCAACGGCUAUCUGCUUUAGAGAAGAAAUUUCAAGCAAGCAUACGAGAACGCGAUACAUUGCGCACACAAAUCAAAACUCUUAAAGACGAACUUCAUAACAAAAUACCAAAAAAUGAUCUUACACAAAUUGUUAACGAAAAUAAUACCAUGAUUAAUGAACUGCGUUUGGAAGGUGAAAAGCUGUCUAAGGAGAUACUUCAACAGUCAAAUAUUAUCAAAAAAUUGCGCACUAAAGAAAAAACCAGCGAUAACUUGCUGAAGAAGAAUAAAGAGCAAAUCGAGAGCUUUACCGAUGAGCUGGAGCGUUUAAAGAAAACAUUAAAUGCAAAAGAAGACCAAGAACGUAUACAGAUUGAAGCAGUGCACAAAAUGUCGUCGGAAAAACGCAGAUUAGAUGAAGAAAACGCACUACUGCGCAGCAAAAACGAAGAUCUCCAAUCCAAAAUUUUAACAGUACAAACAAAUUUUGAAGCGGUUAAGAUCGAAAUGCAACAACGGGCUUUCAAAUCGGAAGAAAUGCUGGUUGCCAAAAAAGAACUAGAGGAAAUGAAAUCGGAAAACGAAGAACUAGUUCAGCAACUUAAUGAAACACGGGAAAAGUUACGUUUUUAUGAGAAGACACUUGCACGACGAGAACAGCAGCUAAUGGAAGAAAAUAAGGAGCUACUUAACCGAUUAGAAGCAGCAGAAUUACGUGCUGAGACCUCAACGCAAGAAGUCAGUUUAACGACCAUUCCCCUUAUACGACAAUUGGAAUCUCUACAAAAUACCUUAACUCAACGUACAUCCAAUUGGAAUAAGGAAGAAAAAUCGCUUAUGGAUAAACUUAAUGCUGCGCAAGCACGUCUAAAGUCGCUUAAAAAUGUCGAAAGCACAUUUAAAGAGAAACAAGACAUGCUACAAACACGUUGCUUAGAAUUAGAAGAAAAACUUUCGAAUGCGUUGUUACAGGAAGAAAGAUCAAAAAUCUCCUUGCAUCAGGCUCAAAUGGAGUACAGUAUGAAGGAAACGCAAAUUAAUAAGGAAAUUAUAAAAUUAAAGGAUACCGUAACAGAUUGUGAAGACAAAAAAAAGUUGCUAGAGGAAUCAAAUCGAAAUCUCGAGCAGAAGUUAGAAACACUAAAAGAAAUAAAAGUUCAACAUAGUGCAAGUUUGGACAACAUUAAUCAAAGAGACUUUUCAACAAACACAUAUACUGAGUUUUCUCGAUCAGUUGAGCAACAAAGGUCGCAAUCUCCUACCACCAGCUUUGGUGCAAAUUCUGUUGAAGAAGUUCUUGGUGUAGGCAAUGAUGGUCAAACUGAUGAUUUCGAUUGUAUUUCAAAUUCAGGAGUUCGAUAUGGUACGACAAGUAUACUUGGAAUGAACUUGAAUCUAAUGGGAAAUAAUACUUCUACUUUGGAGCAUUUACAAUCCAUGCUAAAACAGCGAGAUGGUGAAUUAAAUCAUUUACAAUGGGAGUUAUCACGACUACAAGCAGAGCGCAGUGUUUUAAAUGACGAAAUAACACAUCUGACAAUGGAACUAGAAAAUCUUAAAGAAAAGCUUCAACCGUUUGAGCAACUAGACAAGAACUUCAAUGACUUGCAACAUCGAUAUGAUGCACUACUCCAAAUGUAUGGAGAGAAAGUGGAACGUACUGAGGAAUUAGAAUUAGACUUAAUUGAGUUAAAAGAGGCGUAUAAGACUCAAAUCGAUGAGCUACUUGCGCAACCCCAAAGUAAAACAUGAUAUCUAUGCGUUAUUAAUGAUUGUCUAAAUAGUCCUUACCUAUAAGUAUAAAAUUGUUGGUAUAAUUUAAGUUUCUUAUUUAUUAUAUAAGCUUAAAAUCAGCUUAUAUAAAAAAAAUUGUUCUAUAGUCACGCAAUUGUUAAACGAUUUAUAAUAAAUAUUAAUGGCGUUAUUUGGUUUUAAAAUGCAAAAUGACCAAAAUUCA